AUGCUUCUGAGCACCCCCCCUCGACCAACAGUCUCAUUGAAUUCGAACAGCAGUACACAAUCGUGGCUCAACAAUCUCUAUAACUAUGAUGGAAAUGCCGAUUUUUCUGAUAUUUCUUCAUCCAGAUCCAUCAGUUACGCACCUUCUAUCGAUGAACGUCGUCCUGAGGCCGAUAAUUCUUUCCAUCAUUCGGACUAUGCCGCCACCACAUUCGAAGAAGAAGAUUACGAUGAGGGACCUGAAAACGAGGAUGAGCCACUUCAAGGCGCUAUCCAUGAACGUCGUCUUGAGGCUGAUCAAUUUUUCCAUCACUCGGACUAUGCCGCCACCACAUUCGAAGAAGAAGAUUACGAUGAGGGAGUCGAAACCGAGGAUGAGCCACUUAAAGGCGGAUACGACACGGAGGACGAAGACGGGGAGAGAAACGAUCAUGGAUACGAGGCCGAUGAUGAGGAAAUUUCAGAUUUGAGGAAUGAUGUAGAAGAAAUGAAACGGACAAUCCAAGAAAUGUCGGAUACCUUAAAGACUAUUGCUAGUGCAAUCAAGGAGGGACAAGCGCAAAGAAUUUCGGCACCAGAAGUACUCCGGAAACAACAGCACUCAACAGGGCCGAGGAGACGUUCUGCUCAGAAGAACAUGCUCGCCCGUCAGAUCAGAAAGGAGCUUGAAAAGCUCCUGGGCGACAUGCCGUUCGCUCGCAGAAAUGUUAUGUCUCCCCUUGAGCUGAAUGCAUUUGUCGCCAGGUGGAAUGCUUCAUCGCCCCGCAGGCGGCCUGUUUGUUGCGACAUUGCCCAAUUUAAGGUGGAUCUUGUAGGAUCGCCCAAGAGUCCAUGGAACCAAUCUGCGUCAAGGGUCUUCACUGUGCAUUUUAUGCAAGUAUUUGCUCAUAUGAAGUAUAGUGCUACGGAAGUACAAGAUGGAUUCUUCGUACGCAUUAAAUCACUCAAAGCCAGUUUAAACUCGCUUGCGGCGGACGAAAAUCGCAAAGCCAAAAGAAGGCGGGACCAACGAAGACAAGGUACGAUUGGACAUAAUCACUAG